AUGGCUCUGAAGAAGAAAUUUAUUUGCUUAUGGACAUUAAGUCUGUGUCUAGCAGCCAGUAGUUCUCCCAAAAUCCCGUCCAUCACAGACCCGCACUUUAUAGACCAGUGCGUCAAGGCCCACAACAAAUGGCGAGGCAAAGUCAAUCCCCCCGCGGCCGAUAUGAAAUACAUGAGUUGGGAUGAAGGUUUAGCAAAGAUGGCUAAAGCAUGGGCAAACAAGUGCAAAUUCCAACAUAACAGCUGUUUAGACCAACCGUAUGAAUGCUAUGCAGCUUUUGAAUAUGUUGGAGAAAAUAUCUGGCUAGGUGGAAUAAGGAUAUUUACACCAAACACUGCUGUCACUGCUUGGUAUAACGAAACUGAAUUUUAUGAUUUUGAUACUCUAUCAUGUUCUCGCAUUUGUGGCCAUUAUACACAGGUAGUUUGGGCCAAUUCAUCUAAAGUUGGUUGUGCAGUUACAAUUUGUCCUAACCUUGGGAAAGCUUCAACUGUAAUAUUUGUAUGCAACUAUGGACCUGCAGGAAAUUUUGCAAAUAUGCACCCUUAUACAAGAGGAACAUCCUGCUCUCUGUGUUCAGCAAAAGAGAAAUGCGUACAAAAACUCUGCAAAUAUCCAGUUCCAGUUCCGAAGCCAAUGGGUAAUGCACCUCACCAGAUAGCAUAUAAUCCAUUCAGCCUAGGUUUUGCUCUUCUGGGAAUCUUUUGUCAUCUGUAUAAAAAAGACAUUAUCAAGUCUGACAAUAAAGAAACAGUUUAUGGCUAA